AUGAUAAAAAUUAAUGGCAACACAAGUUGGUUACAAGAUGGUAUCACGAUUGCUGGAGGCAAUCAAAGAGGGAAUGGAUUAAGUCAACUUGAUAGUCCAUGGGGCAUAUGUGUUGAUGACGACGAACAAACAAUCUAUAUCGCCGAUACUUUUAAUCAUCGCCUUAUAGAAUGGAAGUAUGGAGCAGCAAAUGGGCAAAUCGUGGCGGGUGGAAAUGGUCCAGGAAAUCGAAUCGAUCAGUUUUAUGAGCCAACAGAUGUAGCUGUUGAUAAAGAGAAAGAUUGUUUCAUUAUCUGCGACCAAGGAAACAGGCGAGUGUGCUACGGACUAACAAGGGAUCAUGAUAGGUAUUUCUGCAUUGCUGACCACGAGAGACAUGAAAUAAGACGAUGGCGAAUAGGAGAUACGUGUGAAACAAUAGUAGCAGGUGGUCAUGGACAAGGUAAUCGUCUUGAUCAACUCGAUAGCCUUGGUUAUAUCUUUGUCGAUCAAGAUUAUUCAGUUUACAUAUCAGAUGAGAAAAAUCAUCGAGUGAUGAAGUGGAUAAAAGGUGCAACAGAAGGGAUUGUUGUUGCUGGUGGUCAAGGUGCAGGAAAUGAUCUAACUCAAUUGUCUCGUCCUCGUGGAGUACUUGUUGAUCAGUUAGGUACUGUAUAUGUGGCAGAUUGUGGAAACCAUCGAGUAAUGCUUUGGUCAAAAGGGGCUAAACAAGGUAUCGUGGUUGUUGGAGAAAAUAAUCAAGGAAAACGAUCAAACCAACUCUAUCAUCCUCAGGAUUUAUCAUUUGAUCAGCAAGGCAAUCUCUAUGUUGUUGAUUGUAGCAAUAAUCGAAUACAACGAUUCAAUACUGAUUUGACUUCCAGUUAG